AUUGCGCAUUUCGCUCGCCUAACCUCAUCCGAGUCGAUCGACCUGCGAGUCCUGACUGCGACGAAGCUCUGUCAGUGCGAAAGCCUUUUCCUCAUUGUGCUGUAUUUGUGCCUAUAGUGGUGUGCUAAGUGUCUUCGAGCACUUCAAUUUGUUUAGGUGCUAGUUAAAACAAUAUUUCAGGAUGCCUACAGCAGUGCCACCCACGGAGAAUGGCGCACCGCGCAGCGAGCUCGAACAGCUCCAAAUGCGAGCUGGACAGGUCACCGAUGAAUCCCUGGAGUCCACCCGGCGUAUGAUGCAACUAUGCGAGGAGAGCAAGGAGGCCGGCAUUCGUACUCUGGUCGCUCUAGACGACCAGGGAGAGCAAUUGGACAGGAUUGAGGAGGGCAUGGACCAGAUCAACGCGGAUAUGCGCGAGGCCGAGAAGAAUCUGUCGGGGAUGGAGAAAUGCUGCGGCAUCUGCGUGUUGCCCUGCAAUAAGGGAGCCUCUUUCAAGGAAGACGAUGGGACAUGGAAAGGCAAUGAUGACGGCAAAGUGGUGAACAACCAGCCGCAAAGGGUGAUGGAUGAACGUAACGGCAUUGGACCACAGGCCGGGUACAUUGGCAGAAUAACUAACGAUGCGCGCGAAGACGAGAUGGAAGAGAACAUGGGUCAGGUGAACACGAUGAUCGGCAAUCUGCGUAACAUGGCGUUGGACAUGGGCUCCGAAUUGGAGAACCAGAACCGGCAGGUCGAUCGCAUCAACCGCAAGGGGGAAUCGAACGAUAUGAGGAUAAAGCAGGCGAACGAGCGCGCCCACCAGCUGCUGAAGUAAACGACUCCGGCACACACACCCACACCACACAUACACGGUCUCGUGGUCGCGGGUAGCCCGCCGGCAGUGGACCCACUGACCUUUCCUGCGAUGUCCUAUUACUCUCUUAUAUGUUAAGUUUUCUGUAAUUCAACAUCACUCUAGCAAUCGGCUAUUAAUAAAAAUUGGAUAAAAAUAACUCAUUGAAGAACACUCUCUUUUCUUGUUGAUUAGUAACUUUGUGGCUUAAUUUUUUUUAUCAAGCUUUACAAGCAGUUUACAAAUAAAACAGGUGCUUUUCAUCAAUAAUGUAUAACAUCAAAUUUUAAUGUACAGAAAUUUAUAUGUUUUACUUUAUUACGUUUUCCAAUUAGAAACAUUAUGUAUAAACCAGCAACGCAGGUUGGAAAUUAAGAUACGUUAGCGAGGGAUCGCCGGCGCCCUCCAAAGUCCACCGGUUGCAAUGUCCAUAUAACCUCUUCCAUUACUACGCAAUUGCGUUUGAUUAGGUGCAUCAUACUUUUGUAGCCAGUAUGCUAGCUUAUCAUUGUACUAAUAAGGACAGCGCAACCGGAGAUAUUUAUCUUUAAUAUCUUUAACAAUUCCUGUAUUUCGCUUAGUGUCUCAUAGACUUUGAGAUAUACUUAUUCAAAAUGUAUAUUUAAGAUCUUUUCACCACACUAUAAGCAUGCUACUGUAUUAAGUGAACACUAUGCUUUGAAAAAUCUUGAGUAGAUACCUUCCCUUGUCUCUUUUAAUUCUAAAAAUCGCUCAAGAUUCCUUAGGUUCUAUUAAAAAAGUAAGUAAAUCCAGACAGUUCUUUGGUGCUCAUUUUGUGCAGUAGAAAUGUGACAAAAAAUAUCUUUUAGUGACAACCGUCUCAUAUUAUAAUAUUCUUAAUCUCUUAUUGAUACUUUUUACUUAUAACUAGAUUCAUAGGACGUUUAAAGCGAUGAGAUUGUUUAUUUUGAGAAAUUGCAUUUACCCAUUGUUAACAAUAUAAUGUAACUGUUAAUAUUGCUAGAAAACACGAAAAUGUUAAAAAUAUAUUGCUUAAUAAUAUAAUGUGUUAUUGUUUUCAAAUUUGUUAUUGCAGGCAUUUUAAAAAAAUGCAUAUUUAUGCCACACAUUUUCUUUUCGCGCGACUCAUUCGGUGUUAAUUAUUCGAUGAAAUAGGUAUUAUAAUAAGAGGACGUAUAAAUGGUGAAUUUGCUUGGAGCGAAAGAUAUAAGAUUAUGUGAUAAUAGUUCGGAAAUAAGAGAUUAGCGUCAUCUAUUGACAAAUCUACGAGAACAUUGAAAUCUGAAUUGCAUCAGAGCUCAUCGUUGAUUUUUAACAUUUCAUAGGAGCAUUUAUGUUUUUGAACGAAGGGACGUAUAUACUAUGACCAUUUAUCACUAUAUUUAUAAUCUUUUUUUAUGUCGAAACUUAGUAACAUUUUUCAAUGCCCUUAGAAGUAAGCUAUAUUCUAUUUUAAACAUUUAUGAUAUAUAGGUUGACUCACGCACUCUGUGUGAAAGUGACCGUGAAAUUGCAUAGAUAAAAAUCAUCUACUCAAACUGUAGGAGUCUUUAAGGUCUUCCUUAUAAUACUGUUUAGGACUAAAGGAUUUAUAAGAAACUGCUUAAAACAGUUCUUUUGUUUAAACCAGUUUGAUGAGGAAUAGAAGUAUAAUACACGCAGACAACAGCUGAAGAACAAUUUGUAAAGAAAGACAAAAGUAAAAUGACCCGAUGCCCUCAAAUCUGUCGUAUAGAGAUCUCAGCUAAAUUGGUUUUUGAAUUACGCCAAAAGUUCUACGGACUUGUGUUAAAUCAGAAAUUGGAAAAGGAGGUCGAUCGUAGUAACUAAUAGCUAUUAUAUAUGGCAUCUAAAUAUAUAUUGCACAUAUCUUUACAAUAAACAUAUCUGCUUCUAUGAAAUAGUCUGCAUAUAAUGAGUAUUUAUAAACUCUUAGCUAAUUAUUAUAAUAGGUAUAAAGUUUUAUUAU